UCGUUGCGUAAGCUAAGCUACGUGCAGAAGGGAAUGCACGGAAAAUAACCCACGAUAAACUGAUUUUUUCUCUUCUACUUUCCCUGGAAAACCUCAAAUCCUAGCCCUUGUAGAUAUUACAUUAUAGCAGCUAUCUGACUGUGCUUCAAGAUGCCGUCUGUAGACUCGAGUACUCCUGCUGAACCUCAAGAGGAAAAUCCAGAAAUGAUGUGCCCGCAUUUAAGAAAACUUGCAGCUCAAAAAGAAUCAAGUAAAGAAGAAAAGGCGACAACAAAGUGUCCCGCAGAGGAUAAACCAGAAAUAAAAGAAGACCAAGCGGAAAGUGAAAAACCCCAAGAGCAACCAGCACCAGAAAUUCCUAUAGGAACUUUAACCCUGCAGUUCAUAGUACCUGGAACAAGUGAACCUGUAACAGCUAUGUUUUCAUUACAAGACAAUGUACAAGACCUGCGUCAGAUAGUACUGGACAGACCAGAGAGUUGUUACAGGACCUGUUUCUCCUUAGUUUUUGAUGGCACUAGACUAGAUGACUUUGCAGAACUCCACAUGAUUGAGGGAUUGAAAGACAAUUGUGUCAUAAAAAUUGUAGAAGAACCUUACACUGUCAGAGAAGCAAGGAUUCAUUUACGUCGACUUAAAGACCUGCUUAGUACAUCAUUCCAGGCCAAUGCACACUCUGCUGUUGAUAAUCUGUCAUUAUCCUUUUUGUCUGCUGUUACUGGAGCUGAUGUGGAAGAAGAGGCAGUCAAGUCCAAGGGUGAGAGCCAAGGAACAAUAUCAACAGAAGAAUGCAUGCCGCCCAACCAUGUAUUCAGUUCAGAUGAAGUGGUUACUCUUCUGGAGCCACUUUAUCCUGCUAACACCGUCACAAAGGUGGCAGUAUGCGUGAAAGUUCUUGCCCCAAGUAGCUGGAAUCCACCUCCUGGUUACAGAAAACUAGCAGGUGACCUUAUGUACAUCGACAUCACAACAUUGGAGGAUGACCACAUAGUAGUCACUUCUUCUACUUCUGGAUUCUUCAUCAACAAGACAUCUGUUACAGUUUUUAACCCUCAACCAAGUGGUGAACCAUGUCGGUCCCAUACACUAGUUGGCUUAUUGAAUCAGUGUAGUCCAUUGUUCAGAAAGAAUUUUGCAGUUUUACAAAAGUCAAGCAUGAAAAGGCAUCCACUUGAGGUUAUUCCAACACCUUUUCAAGUGUUUCCAUGGGCGGUACCAAGGACAGAGCAUACUUCAGAUACUUUAAGGUCUGAAGAUGCUGCUGCCAUUAGAAUUGGUUAUGAAGAGCACAUGCCUGGCCAGUUACGUGACUGGAAUGAAGAACUGCAAUCUGCAAGAGAACUGCCCCAUGACACUAUGCAGCAGCGAUUGCUGAGAGAAAGAGCAAUAUUCAAGAUUACUAGUGACUUUGUAGCUGCAGCCACUAAGGGGGCCAUGACGGUCGUAGAUGGUAACGUGAUGGCUAUUAACCCUGGAGAGGAGGAAAAGAAAAGAAUGUUUCUUUGGAAUAAUAUAUUUUUUAGCUUUGCAUUUGAUAGCAGAGAGCACUACAAUGAACUAGGAGGUGAUGAUGCUGCACAUGCCGCUGCUAAUGGUGACCUCAUGGGAGUCGUUGCCUACAACAGGGUAGAUGUCAAGGGGUUGUUCACAUUAGGCACAGUAAUUGUGGAUUAUAGAGGUUACAGAGUCAUUGCACAAUCAAUAAUCCCUGGUAUUCUGCAGAGGGAGCAAGAACAGUCAGUUGUUUAUGGCUCAAUUGAUUCUGGGGAAAAUGUUGCCAGUCAUGAGAAGUUUGUUGAAUUGCUGGAAAAGGCAGGCAAGUCCUUGCACGUCAGGUCACACAUGGUGUUAGACAGCAACGAUGAGGAAGUCAGGCUCUGCUCUUCCAUUGAAUGCAAGGGAAUCAUUGGUGCAGAUGGCAGGCACUAUAUCCUCGACUUGUUCAGAACAUUUGCACCAGAUGCAAACUUUUCAGGAAGAACAGAAGAAUCCAAGUCUGUUUUUCCACGUUCAUUCAAACACAAGCUUUGCUGUCUCAGACCGGAAUUGAUUGAGUCCUUUAUAGCGUAUUCAUAUGUGCUGUUUUUGAAACUAGUAGCAAUGAAUAUAACUGGAAAAGUUAAGACAAAUUCUGAGGAAAAUCAAGAGAAAACGGACUCCAAAGAAAAAGAAGAAAAAGAAAACGUUGACCAAAAAGAAACAAGUAAUGGAGAGAGCAACACAGACACAAAGGAAAAUAUUACCCUGAAUGGUAAUGCUGAACAUCAAACAGAGAAGACAGAAGAAACAACUGAAAAACCAAAGUCAGACAAGCAAGAAUCUUCUGCAACUGUGAUAACUCAAGAAACUCAUCUAGAGGCAUUCAAAGCAGCUGCUGCCGCUGUGGGCUCAUUGUCUGAUAGAGAAUUUGAGAUUCGAUUUAACCCUGAUACCAACACACCAGAGGUGAAGCAUGGCCCAUCAGAGGAGAAGACUUUACUUAUCGACAAGAAGCUUGUCAAGGAUGCUUCUAGUUAUCUAUUAGAUACUGCUGUUGUGAAAUUGAUAGAGGAUUUCAUCAAUCUUGUACAGACUCCAUUAGACGGUGCACAACUCACAGAGAUUCUUCACAACAGGGGAAUCAACUUGCGGUAUCUGGGUACCAUUGCUGGUAUGGUAUCAACCAGAUCAGACCUUGAGCACAUUCUUAAAGUCUGUGUGAGUGAAAUGAUCGCACGAACAGCCAAGCAAAUCUUCAGAGUUCACAUGCAAAGCUGCACACUUCGUACUUUAUCUGUCGCUGUAAGCCAUUUUCUGAAUUGCUUUUUGUCUUCGCAUGCAAGCCCACAACCUCAACUUCCUGUAGAAGAAGUUGGUAGUAAAAAGAAAAAGAGCAAAAAGAAAGCCUCAAAGUCCCAGGCAGCAAAUGGUUCUAAUGUGGUAGUGUGGGCAACACUCACUCCUGAAGAAUUAUGGAAGACCAUAGUUGAAGAUGUUAGUAAUAACUUUGGAUACCAGCUGCAGUGUGAUAGUUGUGAUAGUGCUGUGUCGAGAUAUGCUAUCCAGAAGAUUUCUCUCCUCAGAUCAUGGUGUCUUAAAAGCGGAGUUCAAAUUCUUCUUCGUGAGUAUGAUUUUGACAACAAGAAGCACUCCACCUUUAAAGAGGAUGACAUUUUGAACCUGUUCCCUAUUGUGAAGCACACAAACCCUAAGGCCUACGAUGCAGCUGCUGUGUUUGAAGCUGCUAACGCACGGCUUCAAGCAGGUUUUCUUGGUGAAGCCCACGAGCUAAUGGUUGAAGCUCUAAACUUGUUCCAUCAAGUAUAUGGACCUCUUCAUCCUGACAUAGCAACGUGUUACAGAACAAUAGCAAGGUUACACUACUUGGCUGAAGAUGCUGUUCAGUCUGUAGCCUAUCAGAAGAAGGCUGUUCUUGUCUGUGAGAGGGUACUCGGAGUGGAUCAUCCAGAUACUAUCAUUGCAUAUGUUCACCUUGCUCUGUACUGUCAUAAUGCUGGUAUGGUAUCACUGGCUCUCAAGCUCAUGUACAGAGCAAGAUAUUUGGUUCUUUUGGUGUUUGGUGAGGGUCACCCUGACAUGGCAACCUUUGAUAGCAACAUUGGACUCAUGCUUCAUGGUCAGAGGGAAUUCAAGAUGUCUGAGAAAUUUAUGGAGAAAGUUCUCAAUGUUCAGCUUAAGUACCAUGGGAGUACAAGUAUUCACACGGCCAUGGGCUUCCAUUUGUUAGCUCGUGCCAAGGCUUGUGUCAAUGAUUUCCGUGCAGCUCUGCAAAACGAGAAGUCAGCAUACUCUGUAUACAAGACCAAG